UGAGAUCAGGCAAAAAGAGACCAGGAGAGAUCUCUCCUCAGGAGGGGAGACCCCAGCUGCUGGGAGAGCAGCCUCCUGGGAAAAGACAUCAGGAUAGGAGCAUCACGCAAGGCAAAAUGCAUGAGCUCUAAUUGUAACCAUGAAGUUUGAAAAUCAGACUGAAGGCAAGCGGGUGGAACAGCUCAAGAUGGAGGCAAAGCAACAGAAAAUGAAGGCAGCAGAGAUAGAAGAGGAGAAAAGGGAUGAGAGUGAAGGUCUUAUUGAGUUCUUCAGUUCCUUCCAGGAGCUUUUCCAGUUCUUUUGUAACAACACAACCAUCCAUGGGGCCAUCCGGCUGGUUUGCUCUAAGAAGAACAAGAUGAAGACUGCCUUCUGGUCGGUACUCUUCUUUCUUACCUUUGGCCUCAUGUACUGGCAGUUUGGAAUUAUCUACAGAGAAUACUUCAGCUAUCCUGUCAGCUUGAACUUGAACUUCAACUCUGAUAGGCUUACAUUCCCUGCUGUCACACUGUGCACCCUCAAUCCCUACAGGUACAGUGCUCUUCAGAAGGAGCUGGAAGACCUGGAUCGCAUCACCCGCCGGACACUGAUGGAGCUGUACAAAUAUAACAUGUCCAUGGAGCAGAGCAACUGGAAGGCCCGAUCCUUGCGGAAGCGCAGCUAUAGGAGCUUGGCCCAUCAUGUACAGCGCCACCCACUGCGUAGAUACAAACGUGAGGCCAGCAUGGAGGACAACAAUCCCCAAGUAGACAAGAAAGACUGGCAAAUUGGUUUCAUUCUGUGUAAUGAAAACAAGACAGACUGUUUCCACCAAAUGUACUCCUCAGGUGUGGACGCCGUACGGGAGUGGUAUAGUUUCCACUACAUCAACAUCCUGGCGAGGAUGCCCGAUACCAAGGCCCUGGAUGAGUCCAACUUCACAAGCUUCAUUUAUGUUUGCCGUUUCAAUGAGGCAACAUGUAACAAAGCGAACUACACACAUUUUCAUCAUCCUAUUUAUGGAAACUGCUACACAUUCAAUGACAACAGCAGCACUCUCUGGAUGUCCUCCCUGCCUGGAAUCAAUAAUGGCCUCUCUCUAGUCAUCCGCACAGAGCAAAAUGACUUUAUCCCGCUUCUGUCCACUGUGACGGGAUCCCGAGUGAUGGUCCAUGGUCAGAAUGAGCCAGCCUUCAUGGACGAGGGGGGCUUUAACGUGCGUCCUGGUGUUGAAACAUCCAUCAGUAUGAGAAAGGAAACAACACACCGUCUUGGGGGCACCUACAGUGACUGCACAGAAAAUGGGAGUGACGUGCCAGUGAAGAACCUCUACCAAUCUCGUUAUACUGAGCAGGUCUGCAUCCGUUCCUGUUUUCAGAGCAGCAUGGUAGAACGGUGUGGCUGUGGCCAUUACUUCUACCCCUUGCCCCCUGGAGCAGCUUACUGUGACUACAAUAAGCAUGUAGCCUGGGGUUAUUGCUAUUACAAACUCCAGGCUGAAUUCAAAGCAGGCAUCCUGGGCUGUUUCACCAAAUGUCGGAAACCUUGCAAGGUGACAGAAUACCAGUUGUCAGCUGGAUACUCACACUGGCCUUCUGCUGUUUCUGAGGCCUGGGUGUUUCACAUGCUAUCCCGGCAGAACAAGUACAACAUCACAUCCAAGAGGGACGGAAUUGCCAAAGUAAACAUAUUUUUUGAGAAGUGGAAUUAUAAAAGCAAUGGAGAGUCUCCUGCUUUCACAGUUGUGACAUUACUUUCGCAGCUGGGGAACCAGUGGAGUCUUUGGUUUGGGUCAUCUGUCCUCUCAGUGGUAGAGCUGGCCGAGUUGAUUUUUGAUUGUUUUGCCAUCGCCUGCAUCCUGGCUUUCCACGGGCUGUGCUUGCAUAAAUCCUCUGACCUCCGUACACUCAACAGCCAUGACAACACUGCCUCCCACGCUGUAUCUCCCGACACCCCACAACAUGCCUCUGUUGAGGCUGGCAUUGCCACGUUGCCAUCCUACAACAGCUUGGAAUCACUAGACCUGCACAGAGUUUCCUUCAGGAGAACAGAAUGAGGGGCCCAGGCCAGGAUGGCUUCUGUAGGACCUGAAGCAAUGUGAUGUAAAUUACUGCAAAUCGCUGUCCUUCUGAUACCUCCACGAGGCAGAUGGGACUGCAAGGUCUCCUAGGAAGUUGAGGGCAGUAUGAAGUUAUAAAGGGCCAAAUAACUUGGAAGCUCCUCUCUUUGCAUGCUUUGCACCUUUGCUGUAUGCAACCAGUGUAAUCUAUCUAUCUAAACAGAGGUCCUCAAUGUGGCACUUGCCCAUGCCUC